AUGGUCAACGCCGCUGGAGGCAUCGUCAUCGCCAUCCUGGUCAUCCUCAUCGUUGCCGCAAUUGGUUGGGUCAUCUUCACUCAGCUGCGCGCCCGCAGACUAGGCCUUCCGCCGCCGUCCCUCUCCUCCUACAUACCGUUCCGAAAAUCCGAUCCACCGUCUUACGGACCCCCGCGGCCUGCUCCGAGCGGCAUCGUCGGCUGGAUCAACGACAAGAUCAGCGGCUUCAAGAACCGCAAUAACCGCUCCGCCGCCGGAGCGUACGAGGCGCCCUCAGGUGGCACCGCCCGCCGCGGCUUCGGCCCUCUCGACCCUGACGAGGCCUGGGAUACCCGAGUCGGCCACGAGGCUGAGACCUACGGCCCCUACGGCAACUAUGAGGAGCAAGAACUGGGCUACCACGGCGGCGCCACCCGCGCUGGCGGCGACAACAGCUACAGCAUGAACCUGGCCGCUACCCCGGGCGCCCACGACGAGCCGCGGGGCCGCAGCCUGAGCCGGCCUGGCGACGAGCUCAACGUGCCCAAGGGAGGCAGGAAUCCGUUCGACGACGAUGCGGAGCCGAGCAACAUCAGCAUGCGAGGCGUGAGUCCGAGACCCAUGGUCGAUACCGCGCCGCAACAGCAACAGCCACAACACCAGCAACAGCCAAAGGACAACGGCGAGAGUCCGACAGAGCGGAGGUCGAUUUUCCGGGAGAACGUAUGA